AUGUUUCGCGACGAAAGCGAGCAUGUUAUUGAAAAGGCAACCACGUAUCGAAAGAGAUCGGACGCACGAAAACAGUCUCCUAGCCCUACAUCACCAUACAGCUCUGACGAAUCCUCAUCCCCUGCGCUUUCAGCAAGACCAUUGAACUGGAGAGAAGGACAAGCCUCGCCCAGGUUUCCGCCAAGCAGAGCAAGGCAAAAAAAGGCUUGCGCCGCCUCCGCCCAGGACUGGCUUUGCGAGAAGCAGCAGGAAAUAGUACGAGCAAAGAAUUCUGGCCGGAAUAUCAGCCCGGACCUGUUCUUGCCGUGCCAUUCCGCAAACUCCUUCCACGAGCGGGGCAUGGCUUUCUUCUUCUCCCGACAUGUAGCCAGAAACGACAUUGGCUACCAGAGCUAUGACUUUAUUUACGAUGUCUGGAAACCUCCCAACAACCCUAGUCCCGAAAACCAAGACAGCAUUGCUGCUGGCGUUGUUGCCAUUGGCUUGGCCGGCCUCUCCAAGGUCACGCGCUCUGCAGAAAUGAUGAACAUGGCUCGACGAAACUACGGCGCAGCGCUUAGCCUGACCACCGCCGCUUUGAGCGACCCAGCCGAAGCCAUCAAGGAUACUACAAUGCUUUCAGUGCUUCUUCUUAGCACGUAUGAAGUCGUUUCCGGAAGCACACCGCAGACCAUGGAAGCAUGGCAAAAACACGUUGACGGUGCCGCGGCUCUUGCUACACUUCGAGGCACCGACCAGUUCAAGACCACAGCUGGUUGCAAGAUGUUCCAAAUGCUGUGCUACAGCGUACUUCUCAGCUGCAUGCGCUCCGAUAUUCCCGCGCCCCCCGUCAUUGAGGAGCUGCGCAACAAGUCCCUGGAAAUGGGUAAGCUCGAUGGGACAAACAGAAAUCUCAUCGAUCACAUGUUCAAAACGACGAGGGUGCGACACCAGAUCAAGACUGGCAUCAUUACCAACAGAAAUGAUAUAAUAUCCACGCUGGCCAACUGCGAUGCGGAAUGGGCCCUCCUGGCUUCGGACUUACCAGACAUGUGGAGGUAUCACAACAUCAGACUUCCCAGUGCGAACCCGACAGCCAUGCAUCGCAACUGCCACGUAUAUCCCGGCCUCAUAGCUGCUAUUACAUGGAACGGCAUUCGGUCUACGAGAAUGCUUCUCCAAGAAGCCAUCAUCGAGCAGCUCUGCCACAAUGUUGAUAACGAGACUUGCCUGUCCGGUGCCGACCAGGAGCGACUCAUCAGUGCCAUAAAGACACACAACACCCUGACCGAUGCCAUCAUUGCUAGUGUCCCGCAGUUCUUUGGCACUGUCCGUUGGGAAGACUACGUGAAGAGCACUGGUGGUUCGGACGUCGGCUCCACCAGUCCGUCCACGGACCCUGCGACUCCUGAUCUACCGCCUCUUUCGAGUUCCCAAGGCUCGGAGCCCAUUGUGACGCCACAUGAAGAAGUGGUUGGUCGAAAGGGGCAAGCUGUAGUCGCCGUGCUACCGUCGCUCUUUGAACAAAAGGACAGGCCAAUGGGCGAGCUCUGGUAUGAUGUGGAGCGCAUCAUGACCCUCGCGGCCUCAUGCACGUCAAUUGUUUGGCCUCUGUAUAAUAUUGGCAUAUCACCGAACUGCAGCCCUGAGAAGCGCUCAUACGUACUCGACAGACUCAUGGCUAUAUAUGAAGAGACGGGGCUGGAGAAUGCUCUUGAGGUGGCAGAAACGGUGCGACAAAAGAUGACGGAGCAUCCCACGCAGCAAUGCUGCACCAACACGGUCAAGGUGGCCUUGGCCGACUCAUUGCCCAUUUCAUUGGACGUCUAA